AGUACACAGUCGGAGAGAAGAAAACAAUUCUUGAACUUGUAACUAUGGUACUAAGAGGGAUUUUGCUUCAAUUUUUAGUAAUUACGAUUAUGAAAUACGCGAAAGGACAAAAUAGUGACAACUCUUCUACUGAGAUACCACUACUGGACAAUCUAAAUAUGCCUUUAGUUGCUCUGUUCGAUACCACGAAACUUAACCAGGUGUUGAAGGUAGCUAUUAAGAAGUCAGUAGAAGAUGCCAUAAACGAGAUGAUUCCUCGGAUAAAACAGGCUGUUAUUGAAGACAUUGGAUACGAACCUGGACGAAAAAGGGAAAGGCCAGCCUUUACAGCAUCGCUUACGCUAACUAAGAGUCUUGCUAUUAAUGAAGUUGUAGUAUUUGACAAAAUAUGGUUAAACAUGGGUGAAGUCUACAGUCAGGACACUGGAGUUUUUACUGCGCCGAAAACGGGACUUUACUCUAUUUCAACAACGGUUAUGGCUUAUCAUAACAGCUACUUGCACUGCAAUCUGUGGAAAAAUAAUGAGAAAGUAGUCCUGGCUUUCGGUAAUGAUUUAUCAACAGGGACUCUAAAUGUUGUGAUGGCAUUGAAAUUAAAUGACACAGUUUAUGUAAAACAUCACACUGGUUCGGAAAGAAUUUAUGGAGAUCAAAGGUCGACAUUUUCUGGAUACCUUAUUACCGAAUAAACCAGCAAAAAUAACUUUUAGAAUAAUUUGAUCUGGAAAUGAGAAAUGAUAUUAAGUCAGUCGAAAAAACACACGUUAUGUAUAGAUAAUGUCAUACUCAUGUUCACUUCAUAUUUCCAAAUGCUAGUACCUUUCUAUAUUAUUUCAAAUAUAUAUAUAUAUAUGCAUUUGUUUAGUGAAUGACCGAGCAUUUUAUUAUACCUAUUUGGGAAUAAAUAAAACAUUUUUCACAAAAGUU